UGAACGUUUUACGAGAUAUUUGGCAAAAUAUAUUUUCAAAACCGUAAAGAGGGUGUGUGUAUAUACACUUGUAUCGAUCUCGUCUGGCUGAAAGUUAAGCAGUGGACGAGACGACACAAUACUCUUUUCUCGAGUUAUGUUACCUUUGUAAGUCAUCGAGAUCGUGAUUCGCGAACAGGCUAAGAGAAAUAUUGGUUAUGUUCGUGCAAUUCGGGUGAAAACAAAUAAAUGAACGAUGUAGCGGUAAGUAAAGCAAGCUCAAUCACCGUCGAUGAUAUAGCAAACUUGACGCACGAUACACUUGCAGUGACCCGAGAUACCCUCGAUCGGGGCAGGAAGGGAGCUUGUUUGUGCAUGACCAAAUAGAGAGAAAAAAGUUGGCAUAAAUGUAUAACAGCAGUGGCAGGUGUAACAACGUCCUCUGCACGGAACGUCAAAACAAUGUCCGAGGGUUCUAAGAUGGGCCUAUUCGGCUCCAAGGACAGGAAUCAGGAACAGAGAGAGAAAUCUUCCAAGGACAACUCCCCGACUGGCUAUACACCCUAUGGCAUUGACAGCGAUACUGAGACAUAUGAUACCGAGGCUCUGAGCAUUAUGGACAUCAACGACAUCAUCGGCGUGCAAUCUGGUGAUCAGACUGUUGGCGAUUCGACUUUGGAAAGCGAAAUUGCCGCGCUUUCGCAAAUUAUCACGGAAUCGAAGAUGGAAUCGACCUCGCAGUUGGAUCCAAAGUUAGAAACACAACAGGAUGCAGUCAAGGAUACGUCGAGUUCUAAUAGUGUUCAUGCCACAAACAUUGAUAAUAUAGAUAUUUCUAACGCCGACGAGUCCAAUAUUAUGUCGGGCAAAUGUGCAACUAAUGAAAUCUGUGAGAUGCAAAAUGUAACGCUUGAUCAUACCCAUAAAGAUAUAUGUGAGAAAUUUUCGUCGAUUACUGCAGAAAAGAGUGUUUCAGAAAAUACAGAAAUAGAUCCUGUAAUUACAUGUGAUAAAACUUCCGACGUAAAUAUCAAAGAGGUAACUGGUGAUACAUCUGUAGUUUGUGGAUCAGAAUUGUCUUCCAAUGAUACAUCAUGCAUUGAAAUUAAUUCAUCGACUGUUAUAUUAGAUGAUACUUUACAGGAUACUGUUCAGAAUAAACAAGUAGAUGCUGCUUCUCCCAAGGAUGAAAAGGAUAUUGUUGAAAAAACAAAAGAUCAAUUAUUUGAUGAAACAAAUGAAAGUCAAAAGACAUUGACAAAUACAAAGUCUGUGGUAACAGUUGGUGGCAUUAGUAAAAGUUUGCAAUUGAUAGGAGAAGCAUAUAAUUCUGAGGACUCAGAAGAAACAGAUGUAAAUGAUGGUGACUUUUUGAAAGAGACUCCAUCACUUUCACAAGAAACUUUAUUGCUUGGUGUUUCUACAAUACAAGAGAAGGAAGUAAUUGAAGAAAAUCCUGAAAUUAAUAUGUCAGAACAAAAUGCUGAAAAAUCUCCACAGUUAAACGAUAAUGCAAGUAUAACUAUUUCAGAAGAAUCAAAAGUAGAAGUUGUUAUUGAUAAUAGAACAGAAAGUCCAAAUAUAAGCAUUGAAAAGUAUGAACAUUCUAGUCAAAGUGAAUUGUUGCAACAGAUUCUGGAAGUGCAAGAGAAUGUAGAUGAUUCUGAAUUAUAUAAAACAACAGAAUUUAACAGUGAGAGCUCAAGUAGCAUGCAUAAACAAAAUGAAAAUAAGACAGAAAUAGAUAAAACAAAUACAACAGAAGGAAUAUCAUUAGAAUAUCAAUCUUCCAACAAAACUUCUCAAAAAACUAUAGAUACAUUUGAAAAUACUUCCAGUACAUCGUUAAUGGAAAAAGUAAAUAUAGAUGAAUGUCAAGAAGUAAAAAAUAUUGAUUCAGAAUUAAAUAUAUCAGUACUUAUUCCUGAAGUAGAAAAGCAAGACAGUUCGAUGAUUUCUAAUGAAAAAGAAUUAGAUACAAAAGAAAUUAAUGAUAAUUGUUCUCUUAUUGAUGAUAAUGAUGUGAAGGAUGAUAUAAAAGAUGUACCUAAAGAUAAGGAUACUCUUGUAGAAUCUGCAAGUGAAAUUCAGGAUUCUGUAAUAACUGAAGUGUCCGAUAAGAAAUUAAGUAUAACAGAAAUAAUAAGUAGAAGUGAUGACUCCCGGGAAGAAAAUCCCAUCAUUGAAAGUUGUCAGUCAACACAGGAAAUCAUUUCAAUAACGAAUAAAAUUAAUGAUGAAUCUCAAGAAGCAGCUGUUACAAAAAUAGAUCUUACAUCAACUGCUACAACUUCUGAUAAUCAAGAUAAUAUGGACUUGGCCAAUGCAGAAGGAAUAUCUGUAUCAAAUGAUAAAAAUACAUUUCAAACUGCUUCAAGCAUGAUUGAGAAUAAUGAAGAUUUAGUUUUAAAUGAAAAUACAUCAUUAAGUCAGCCAUAUGUUGAAAAAAAAGAUGGAAUGAUUAAUGAACAAUCUUUAAGUAGCAAUUUGCUAGAUGAUAAAAACUCAGAUUUAUGCUCCACAAAUUUAGUAACACAGAGUGAUACAAAUUCAACUAAUAAUAAUAAUUCUGUAGAAACCAUCCACACAGAAGAGGAUCUCCUUGCAUCUGAAUCAUUAAUUUCAGUCAAACAUGAUGAAUCUAUUGAACAGCUUCCAUCUAUAUUAGAAAUACCUAAAGUCAAUGAUAUUAAUGAUACUGUGUCUAAUAAACUUGAAGAUUUAUCUACUUCAAUAUUGCAUGAAGAUUCAAGUAACAUAAUUGAAAGUAUAAACGAGCCAUUACAUGAAACUAAAAAAAUAGAGGAUAUGGAGAUGAAAAUAUCGGAAAUAGUAUCUAUGGACAAGAAUCAAAGUGAAAUGCCAGAAACUGAAUCACAACAAAUAUGUGAUCAAUCCGAGUCAUUAGAUGAAAAAAGUGAUGCAAAUAACUCUACUACACAAAUAGAAGGUAAAUUAAUUUUUGAAAAUUUUACAUCCUCUAAUAUAUUUGAAUACAAUAUAAACUCACCAUUAACUGAUAAUUUGUUUGUUUCAGAAGAUGAUAUAACAAGUUCUUUGUGUGAUACAAUUACAGAAAGGAAGGAAGAUAAAAUCGAAGAAAAUGUUGCUAUUGAAGUAUCGAACAAGAAGGAGAUUAGAGAAAACGAAACUUUUGUGCCAAAUUUAAAGGAAAAAGAUGUUAUAGAAAAAAGUACUAAGGCUGAAACUCAUGAAAUGAACUUAGUUCUAGAAUCUGAUAUUUCCAAAACUGAUUCUAAAUCUGAUACUCAAAUAGCAAAUCCAAAGGAUGCUAAUUUACAAGCCAAUGAAGAAAUAAAAUCGUGCGACGAAAAUAUAAAAAAACCUAUAAAGGAAUCAAAAGAAUUAAUCGAUGCUAAUGUAACAUCUAUAAUGGAAGAAAAAAUUGUGGAACCAAUUGAGAAAUCUAUUAAUGCCAAUGAUGUACAAUCAAACAUUAUUAAUAUCAUCAACAUGUCUUUAAUACAAGAAAAUUCGAAUGAAGGAACGAAUACGGAAAAUCUAACAGAAAAACUAUCUCAGGAUUCAGAAAGCGUGGAUGCUCCAACUAUACAAACUGCAAAUAAUUUAGAAGGACUUUUGAAUUUGAAUCUUAUAUCGGAUAAUGAAAAUUCUACAUUAAAGGAUAUACAAACCGAAGACAAAACUUUAGAAGAGACGUUAAAUAAAGAUGUCGAUAUGGAACUCCUAUUCGAUCGAACAAAUGAAAGUGAAACAAGCAUGACGGAAAAUUCAGAUAAUAUAACAAACGUGAUUACUGAUUGUUUGACGAAUAGAGAUAGUGAAACAAGUGAGAUUGAUAUCAAUGCAGCAAUUAACGACAAAACUAUCGAAAACGAAGAUAUUUCAUUAAAAACGAACAAAGAUGUAAAUACGGAACCAGCGAAUGAAAUUAUAAACGAAGAAAAAGUAAAGGAACCUCUUGAAGCGGAUAGUAGUUUGCCACAGAACGAUUUAGAUAUAGAUUUUGAGGAUAACCGAUUAGAAUCAAUGGAAGAUUUGGAGGAAAAUGAUACCAAACUGGAAUUGCCACAGGAUAUUUUAUUAGAGAGCGUGAUGCCAAGAGAGGAUCUUUCCCGAAAUGUCGACACGCCGAUUGUCAUCGAGAAUUCGCAAUCAAGUUCAGAGAUAUCCGAAUUAGAGUCUGCGGUGAAGUUCUUACAAGAGUCCGAGGAGCAAACGAUAGAUUCGCCGUUGGUGCUCUCGCCAAAAAUGAUGGAAAGCGUCGUGGAGGACAUAACGAAACAGGCUAAUGCGGAGCUUUAUGUAUCUGAUGAAAUUGACAAUUACGCGAACGCCGAAUCCGAAUUAGCGAAUCUGCGAAAUGUCACUGCUGCGGAUUCCAUCUCCAUCUCCGAAGCCGAGAUAAUAUCGGAAGCUGCAAAGCUGGAGAACGAGCGGAAAUUCGCGACACAAGCACGAAACAUUCCCAAUGUAGAAGAAAAAAGCGCUGAGAAGAUAAAUGAAGAGAUUAAACCGAAUGAAGAAAAGAAUACGGAAAAGAACACGUGUUUAAAGACUUUGUCUGAGAAUGUUCCUCCCGCGCAAACGGAUAUUUCUCUGAAUGUACAAGUAGAGGAAUCAAUGCACGAGGAAAAGAGCACUAUAUCUGACAUUAGGUCAUUGUCGAGCGAAGGCAUUUUGAAGACUUGCGAGAUGCUCCCGAGAGUGUCGAUAUUAGAGGAGCGAUUGAAGGAACCGCCGAAGAUUGAAAUACCUGUUCCGGAAUCAGCUAAAGUAUUAGACUCUUCCAUCAGCCCGAACGAUAGUCUUCUUAUACCGAAGGAUGCGAGAGCUAUCGCUUAUUCGAGGAUGUUGGAAUCACCGAAAUCGAUCGACAAGACAGAGUUAAAGGGCAUCGAUACACCGCGCAAGGACUUGCAGGAAAAGCACUCAGAUCCUGAGAAUGUUGGCUCGCCGAGGAUAAUCUUAAAGAUUGCCAAAUCCGCGAUCGCGGACUGCAGCGAACCCCGAUCGCCGAAAAGCCCAAAGAUCCGAUCGGCCACGAAUUCGCCGAAUCCGGAGGACAGUCCAGGUCAGAAGUUAGGAAAGAUCAAAUUGAAAUUGUCGAAGGGAGGCCAUCCCUCUAUAAUAUCCAACGAGAAUGUGGAGGAGAUCAAUCAGUGGCAUACUACCGAAAACGCGCCAUCGUUAUCUCCUCUCGGCAUGAAAAUCAAACUAUCCAAGUCUGGUGACGCCUCCAUCGUCGGUUCGGAGAAAUACGAUCAUUCGGACGAGACAAAGUACAAAAUUGAGGAGCCGAAGAGAACGGAUUCGCCCAUCGGUAUGAAAAUAAAGUUAUCCAAAUCUGGAGACGCCUCGAUUAUUUCCGAUUCCAACAGACAACAGGAUUGCACCAAGGAAAAUCUUAUAAAGCACAAGGAGAAAUUAGAGAUACCGCAGGGAAGCCCGAAGAGAACAGAAUCGCCGAUAGGGAUGAAAAUCAAACUCUCCAAGAGCGGUGAUGCAUCUAUCAUUCAAACCGACAGGCAAGAAUCUUCGGAGGAGGUGCACAGAGAAGUCAUGCCGAAGCGAACCGAUUCUCCAAUUGGUAUGAAAAUUAAACUAUCGAAAACUGGUGAUGCUUCCAUCGUAUCUUCGGAUGCCUGCGAAGAUGCAAAGGAUUCAUCCGGGAAGGCGAAAGAGAAGCAGGAUAAUUCAGAACUGCCAAAGAGAACUGAUUCUCCAAUCGGAAUGAAGAUAAAGUUAAGCAAAUGUAAAGGCGGCGCAUCUAUUAUUUCUGUAGAUAACACUGAAGAUGUAAAAGAUAAAUUGGAAGUACCCGAACCACCUAAGCGCACAGAAUCGCCGCUCGGUAUGAAGAUAAAAUUAUCCAAAACCGGAGACGCAUCUAUUAUACACUCUGAAGUUACAGACGACGUUAAAGAAACGAGACAGAAAGAAAAAUCUGAAGUGGCGCAAGAUACGACAAAGACACCGGAGUCCUUUGGGUUUAAGCUCAAGAAGACAGGUGAGAUAAUAUCAUCGACCAUAACCGAAGAACAAGACAUACCUCGAAGUUCCGAAUCAUUUACAGGUGUCAUCCCGAAGAUUAAAGUAUCCAAAUCUGCAGAUGCGUUGCCCGAUAAAACGGAGUCAACGGAAGAUUCACCGUCACAGGAGAGGGAUCAGCAAACGGAAGUGCCUAAGAGAACGGAAUCUCCCCUCGGUAUGAAGAUUAAAUUGUCGAAGAGCGGCGAUGCUUCUAUCGUACAGAGCGAAACCACCGCUGAAGAUCAUCAAAAUAAGACUACUCCUCGUGUGACCGAUACGGAAUAUUCCAAAGGCGGUGACACGUCCCUCGGGAUGAAGAUCAAGCUGUUCAAGACAGGUGAUGCUUCCGUAGUGGAAGCAACGCCUUCAGGUUCCUCAGAGAAAAAGGACAAGCAACAGAGACGCAGAGAAGCUGCCGAUUCGCCGCUGGAGAUAAAGAUCAAAUUGUCAAAGACAGGUCAUCCCACUAUCGUAGCCUGCGACAAUCACGGCGAAUCUUCCGUGCAUAAAAGCAAGGAUCCUCAAGCAGCUUUGGAUCCAGCAGCGGUGAAUUUUCCUCAUAGGUACAUGGAACACGCUACAGCGCACAAAGAAUCCGCGUUGAAGAUUCUCAAGACUGGUCAUCCUCCGUCGAUUUUACAGGGUGGUCGAGCUGAGCUGACGAUCGAACCGGUGCAGUUGCAAAGCAGAAAACAAUCAACGGAGAAUAUUCAGCAGCAAGUCGAGAUAUCGCCCAAGCGUAAGGAUAUAACGAUCUCUCCGGUCGAGAGCAAAAAAUCUAAAUUAGAGGCGCAACUCUCGCAGAUCCUGCCGGAGGUCACCAUCCAACCGGUAAUGUGUCGGGAUCAAAAGCAGCAACAACAACAACAACUGUUGUUUGAUCCGAAAUCGAGUUUAAUCAGUCGACAACAGAUGAACGUUAUUAACCAGGAGAUUAGUAUCACGCAAGUGCGGCCAACAACGAAGACGGAUAACGGAUCAAGCGUAAAUGACAAGCUCAAGGAUCUUCUGUGCAAAAAUACUACCAAUUCGCCAAGCGGUUCGUCCGAUUGCGAGAUCAUCGAGCAUCGCCCGGAGUUGAUAAUCGUCAACGAGAAUUCCAAUUCUAGUCAAGACGUCGUCAUCAUAGAGGAGGUGACACCUAGUAGAACAGCCGAUAUCAAGGUACCGAAAAAGAGAGGCAGGCCACGAAGAAACCCGAUAGCAGCUCAACAGCAACCUGUUCAAUCAUCCGCGCAAAUGUUGAUAUCCAGGGACCCCUUGUCCUUGGAAGCAAGCGAGAUGCAACAAGCUCCUCCACAGCCAUUUGAACACAGGGAAAACGAACGGCCUAAAAGAACCUGCAGAAAUCAAAAAAGUUACGCUCCGCCCAAGAGAGGCAGAGGACGAGGUCGCGGUAAACGGAAACUAGAUAACGUAGAACCCCAAGUUGGAAAGAAGUCUCGUAUAGAUCAAGAUUUGUCUGCUAUAGAAGCAUCGACGAUGGCUGUCAUUACCAUUGAUGAAACACCACCGGUACAGCAAGAUUCUCUUCGAAAAUCAUCAGAAUUAUACAAGGCACUAAAACAACCGCCUAUGGAUUGUAAGAGUUCCGCGAGUAAAGAAAAACUCGCGUUGACGAGUCGCAAAGAAACGGGAAAAAGGGACUCGACCUUUAAAGCCUCGGAACCCAAGAUACAAAAGCCUCGGAACUCGAGAUACGUUGCGGUACAAUUGGAUUCUGAAAAAUUAACGUUCGUUGAAGAAGAUCUGGCGAGAGCGUCCACGAGUCAAACGUCCACCGUUGGAUCAUUGACUUCGAAAGCUGGCGAACAGCACGAGAGAGCAGUCUUAGAGAUCGUUUCUGAGAAGACGCAGAAGACGGCGAUGAAACAGUACGCCGAGAAUAAAAGUGCAGGUAAGGCGUCGGACGGGUCAUCGAGAGCGUCUGAGAUUAAGGAGAUACCUGUACCUCCUCCCGGACACUCAAACUGGCUGACGCCGACGUCGAAGAAGCAAGCGGACUCGAUGGCCAUCAGAGGCGAAACAGUCUCGACGGUACAGGUGAUAGACGAGGAGACAAGAAUGAGCGCCGAAUCCGGUUCGAGGUCUCAAACACCUGCUAGAAACAUAUCAGCACCGGCUUCAGAGACAAUAAUAAAUGAAGAAUCGCAAGGUAGUGUCCUGAGUACUGCUACAACAGAAUCAGAAAAAGUCAAAGUAAAGAAUCGAAGGAUGGAGAUUAAUUUUGAUCCUGAUGAAGGACCCUUUACUGUUGAUAAAAUAGCAGAAUAUGAAUGGCCAUUGGAUCGAAAGGGUGAAACUUUUAUGAUACAAGAACAGAUAUCACAAUAUCUUGGUGUAAAAUCUUUUAAGCGUAAAUAUCCUGAUCUCAAACGCAGAGUAGUUGAUAUGGAAGAGAGAAAUUAUUUGAGAGAGAAUGGAUUAGUGAGUGAAGCAAUGUGUGAUAUGGGAUUAACUGCAGUGUGUAGUUCAGAAGUAUUGGACGUAAUGUGUAGUGAUUUUCCUGAUCAAUAUGAAGAGUAUCGCAAGCAUAUGCGUGAGAAACAAGUCAAGGAGCAUUCCAAGAAGCAAAAGGAAUUAACGGCUGCGACGAAUGCGGAAAAAAAUAGGAUAGAUCUUGCGGAAAUGGCGGUACAAUCAGCGUUUGCGUGGAAUAGUAACUUAAAUAAAGCUCGCAAAGAAAAUCGCAAAUGUUGCUUAGAUCUGCAGACUUUCACGAUUCAUGUUCCGAAGAAACAACAGAAAAUCGAUUCGGAACAUAAGGUCGGUCAUUACCCUGUCGCGCUCAUACCAGGACAGUAUACCGAUUAUUAUCGGGAAUAUACGCCGGCAGAAUUGAGAUAUUAUCCGCUAAACACGGUCUUGUAUGGACCUACGCGGCCCAAUGAACGUAAAUGCGACAGCCAAUCGGAAGGUUCUCAGAGUGAUAGCGAUAGCGAAUCGUCUUCCGAUGACUCAAGUUCAUCCUCCAGCGAGGGCACACAAGAUACAGAAGAAUCUCAAUCGACCAUGGAUGAUGUGGAUAUGGAAAUCUCGAACUCAAAGGACGACGUAAAAUUGAAAUGCAAGAUGUGUUUAAAAGUCCUAAAUAAGCAUAACAAGAAUGAAAUAUUAAUCCAAUGCGGUACUUGCAACGGAAAUGUUCAUCCAUCUUGUAUAGAUUUAACAUUAGAUAUGGUUCCACACAUUCAGUCGUACGCAUGGCAAUGUACCGAUUGUAAAACGUGUGCCCAGUGUCACGAUCCUGCGGACGAAGAUAAAAUGCUCUUCUGUGAUAUGUGCGAUCGUGGGUACCACAUAUACUGCGUCGGCUUACGACGAGUACCACAGGGAAGAUGGCAUUGUCAGGAGUGCGCCGUCUGCGCAAACUGUGGCUCUAGGGAAGCCGGUGGUGCUAAUUCGGAUAGAAAUAGCGUCGCGCAAUGGCAGCACGAGUACAAGAAAGGCGAAAAAAAUACUCGAGUAUACGUUUCAACGCUCUGUGUACCAUGUUCGAAGCUGUGGCGAAAGGGUCGCUAUUGCCCGCACUGCAGUCGCUGUCAUACCGCCCAAAGGCUCGACCUGGAAGCGAAUCUAGUGCAUUGCAGCGCAUGUGACAAAUAUCUGCACUUAGAAUGCGUGGAGACCAAGGGAGUAGUGGUUGACAAAAAAAGUUAUCUGUGUGAUUUUUGUACACCAUCGACCCGUCAACAAGUGACAAAGCCUUUGGUGUCAAAGAUGCUUAAAACAUGAACACAAUUAUUCCCCCGAAUAAAAAAAACCAUUGCUGUAUAGUAUUGAUGCAGUAUGUAUUAUAUUAAAGUAGCUAAUUUUUUUAUUGAAUGUACGUUUACGAACGACGAGUAUGCGCAAAAUUUUUCUCGAGUAUUUCAUAACAAGAGGAUCACAUGUACAUAAUCGCGGAAUGAGUUUAACUUGUGAUGUUGAAUUUUUGCUACGUGUAUAUUUAGUGCGGGAUAAACGGUGAAUUGUUCGAAAAGACUGAAUGUUUAGUUUCGAUUGUUUUAUCAGAAUUAACAAGGUAUAAAUAUACAGUGUUUAUGAGAAAUCGUACACUUCCUCAAAAAUCUGAUAGUUUUUUAAUUUGAAAUUUUUGUAAACUUGAUAUUGGGUUUCUUUUUCUAAUUAUCUAUCUAUUGCACUUGUAUAUUAAAAUUUUGUGAAAUACAAACUUAUUUAA